AUGCACGAUUAUGCGUUAUCGAUGAUGGUGGAAGACCUCGGUCGACACGCGACUGCCAUUAAAUACAUCUCAAAACGAUCUUCGGCUGAGGCAUGCACAUUUAUAGAGAAGUACGGUCAUCUGCUUUUUGAAGCAUGUCCGAGUGAAACCGUGGAUUUAUUACAGGCUGUUAUUGAGAAGUCCUCAGGAGACAAUGUCGACCCAGCGCAGCUUCUCAAGGUGUUUGCCGGUGAUUUCCCGAAAGCUGCAGGUUUCAUUGAGUUCGCCCUCAAGAAGGUGUCGGGUCCAUCUCGUACUGUUCUGCUCGACGCAAUGCUGGAAUUGCGGCUGCGAGAUUACUCUGAAGGAAAAAUCACGGAUGCUGAUUGUUUCAAGCAGUUGAGAUUCCGUUUGUUGAAGAUGGAAAUAUUACUCGUGCUCUUCACCUAG